GCAUUUCAACUUCUGCUCAGCUCUCCUGUAAUGGAAAAUUGCUCUGCACAAAGCUAGAGUGUUACAGUUCUUUCCAGCAUCCCUCCCCCACCCGCCCGGGGCAGCCUUCAGAUCAGAGGACGCAGGGAGCCCAGGAAGUGGAACGAGGGCAGUCCUGGCUUCUUACUAUGUCCCUGGCUUCGGGCGCGGGCCCCAGGUGGUUGCUCUUUUCCUUUGGAAUGGGGCUGGUUUCGGGGUCAAAGUGCCCAGAUAACUGUCAGUGUCAAGCCCAGGAAGUGAUCUGCACGGGCAGGCAGUUAACGGAAUACCCCCGCAACGUCCCCCUGGACACCCGGAGGCUGUACUUGAACAACAACAAGCUCGCCGACCUGCCAGCCAUGCCCCUGGGGCUCCUCAGCGACCUGGUCUACUUGGACUGCCAGAACAACCGGAUCCGGGAGGUGAUGGACUACACCUUCAUCGGGGUCUUCAAGCUCAUCUACCUGGACCUCAGCUCCAACAACCUGACCUCCAUCUCCCCGUUCAGCUUCUCCGUGCUCAGCAACCUGGUGCAGCUGAGCAUCGCCAACAACCCCCGUCUGCUGUCCCUCCACAAGUACACCUUCGCCAACACCAGCUCCCUGAGGCACCUGGACCUCAGGAACACCGGCCUGCAGACCCUGGACUACGAGGCCUUCCACCACCUCGCAGUGCUGCAGACCCUGCACCUGAGCGGGAACCCCUGGAAGUGCAACUGCUCCUUCCUGGACUUCGCCAUCUACCUCAUCGUGUCCCAUCUGGACCACCCAGAUGACCAAAACGCCACGUGCGUGAAGCCCACGGAGCUGCAAGGGUGGCCCAUCUCGCAGGUGGGGAACCCGCUGCGGUACAUGUGCCUCACCCACCUGGACCGCCGGGACUACAUCUUCCUGCUGCUCAUCGGCUUCUGCAUCUUUGCUGCGGGCACCGUGGCCGCCUGGCUCACAGGCGUGUGUGCCGUGCUCUACCAGAAUGCUCGCCGCAAGUCCAGCGAGGACGAGGCGGACGACGAGGCCGGGCACAAGGUGGAGGUCGGCCGGCGCAUCUUCCAAACCAGUGUCACCUCGAGCCACACGGCAUUCCCUCACCUCAUCUAGCUGCCGGGACCACCUCCCGCUGCGCCCAGGCCCCCUGACCCGCUGGGCCCCCUCUCUCUGCCGUGGAGCAGCCUCAGGGACUGAAGCUUUCUAGUAAAAUAAAUAGUUUGCUGGUC